CCUAGAAAUGUCACGCUAACGCAAGGCGCAUCAGCCGAGUGCGAUCAAGUAAACAGAUGAGAAUGUGUGUCUGGUUUGACGGUCACAAUGCAAUCUGACAUCAUGGAAGAUUUGAAGUUUAAGUUUUUCGGCCUCAUUAACAAGCAGAAUGCAACUAAAAUACCGCUUAUGGGUUUAAAUCCCGAUUUGCUUAAUCCACCUGACCCACAAAAACAUGAAGAUCUUCGUUCAGAGGCUGAUCAGUCAACAGAGAGCGAGCCUAUACCAGAUCAAGAUAUAUUAGAUUCUAUUGAAGAUAUUUACUUUGAUACUACUGAUAGUAAAUUUAAUCCAAUACGUUAUGAAUUAGAGAAAUUACCAACAAUAUUGCAUCCUAAAGAACUUGAGAAAUGUUACAAAAAACUCAAGCAACAACAUAAAGCAGUCUCUAAGAAAGUAUUCAAGCUUAUUGUAGAAAACCAGAGUGCCUGUGAAGUAGAAUUCGACAAGAUUCUGCUGCUGCAGGAACAAUUGCAAGAUGCUCUAGAAAUAUGUAAAAUGGGAAGAGCAGAUUUAACAUUAGCCAAAAAACAGUUUACAACAGCCAGCUUAGGCAUAUUAGCUAAUUAUCAGAGACGACAAGUAAUUGAGGAACUAUUAAACAGUCUAAAUACUAUAAAGACGCUGCAACGUACGGGAGAUCGUCUACAAGAGUUACUAAAAGAAGGAAAUUAUCCUGGAGCCAUAUCGCUUCUUUUGGAAUGCCAAAGAGCAGCUCAAACUUAUAAGCAUUUCCAUUGUAUCGCUGCAUUGAAUGGGAAAUUACAAGAGAUUUUAGAACAAGUGGAAGAUGCCUUAGACAGUACACUCUCUACUAUGUGUACUCAAUUCGAUGUGACAGUAUACUCUUCUGUUCAAGAGGCAUAUAUGUUACUAGGGAAGACUCAAUCCGCCAUGGAUCAAUUGCAUAUGCAUUUUACCACUGCCAUUCAGAGCACUGCGUUGACUGUCAUUCACUCUUAUGCAGGAGGCGACAUGAAAAGACAAUAUAAACAAGUGUGUCAGGAUGUUCCCCAUGAUAAAUACAUAGUUUGUCUAACAGAGCUGUGCAAAUCAUUGUGGACAAUAUUGAUAUCGUGUUAUCUAAUUGUAAAUUGGCACAAUGCGCAAGAGGACAAAUUGGAGUGUAAAUCCGACGUUAAGGAUUUGGAGGCGACAUUCAAUAAGCAAUAUGUUAAGCAAAAAUUAGAGCAUACCAAAGUUCGCGUGUGGCAGGAUGUGGAAACAAAGAUAUCAAUAUAUCUGAUGAAUGCUAAUUUGACAUACAUCAAGUUUGAACAGUUUGUUCAGAUAUUGAGUAUAGUUAAUAGAUUGAUGGAAAUUGGGGAAGAGCUUUGUGGUUUCAAAUCUGAGAAUUUACAGGAAUCCAUUAGAAAGCAGUCCUUAUCCUAUUUCUCUAAUUAUCACGCAUCUCGCUUGGAUGAGCUGAGAAUAUUCCUGGAAAAUGACGGUUGGGAAUUGUGCCCUGUAAAGUCCAAUUUCAUGGCUACCCAGUUAUUAGAGUUUCGUAGUUUGAAACCUUCACUUAACAACUGUAAAAUGUGGAACAGUUUAGACAGCUCAAACUUAAGCGACAGCGACAAUUCUACGGGCAUCGAUUUGCAGAAAUAUUUAGAGGGCGGCUCGUCACCGUUCACGAUAGGAUUGGACGAUACUAUGGAUGAAGAUAUCUUAAUACACGAUGAUAUUGAUCAACCCGCAUACUUUUCGGACGAGUCUGAUGAUGAUAUUCCCGAUGAACUGAAGCACGAUUACGUCGAUGAGUCGGACCAUACGAAAGUUAAUAAAAAGAAGUGCAAACUCAAACAAUCCGGACCUAUGGUCACGAACACGACGUUAAGCAUACUGAGAGUGUGCGGCAAGUACCUACAGAUGUCCAGGCUUUUACGAUCGAUCGCGAUUACUGUCAUACAGAGCAUGAUACAAUUUUUCGAACUAUGCUUCUACACAGUACAUUUAUUCUUUACAUCGGAUCUCCAAAUCAACAGCGAUUCAUUAUACAGCCCGAAAUUAAAGUUAUCUUUAACGCGAAUCAGAGAAAAUCUCAUUAUCUCUGAGAACGAUACAAUGGAAGAAAAUGGCAAUGCAAAUUACGAAAAAGUAAGACAACCACAGCUUUCAUCCAUUGUGAAUUUGUCGCAGCCUGAGAAACUUCACGGAUUAACGGAACGUAUUGUAGCUGUCGAGUCUCUAAUAUUUUUAGGACAACAAUACGAAGGCCUAAAGCCUUACUUAGAGCAUCUUAUUGCCAACAGUCCUCAAAGAGGAUUUUUGCAUCAGUUUUAUAUGCAAACAGUAGCGUCCACUGCAGAUUUGAGAAAACCAGUUUACAUGGCGGUAGCAUCGCAAGCAUUUGACGUUGCGAACAUCUUAAAUUUAAUGAGCAAAGUAAAUUGGGAAGUGACGGACGUCAUGUCUCAACACUCUAAUUACAUCGACACGCUAAUUCAAGAGGUAUGCACUUUGAACGAAAGACUUAACACCAUUGGAACAUAUAUUCCUUUAAGCGUGGAUGUUUGUAAUGCAGUAUGGGAAAACGUGGCUCACUUAAUCACACACACUUUAGUGGAAGGAUUCUCCUAUGCCAAAAAGUGCUCGAAUGGUGGUAGAGCUCUGAUGCAACUCGAUUUCACACAGCUGAGAUCAAAGUUCGAGAAGGUGACAUUGUUGAGACCUAUGCCGCAUAGAGAGUAUGCCGAGUCAUAUAUUAAAGCUUACUAUUUUCCUGAGAAUAGUUUUGAAGAAUGGAUCAAAGAGCACAAGGAAUAUUCAGUUAAACAUUUAGUCGGAUUAAUUUCGGCUACGUGUCAAAAUAAUAAGAAAACUCGACAGCGAUUAAUAGCGCUUGUGGAAGAGCAACGACCCAGCAGAUAGCAUCCAACCAUUUAUUACAAAUCUGUACAAGAUUAUAUCGAAAUAGGAAGUAUUUGAGAUAUCUAUCGCAUGAGAGAUACGAGAUAAUCGUGUUGUUGAUUGUACAGUAAAGCGAUUUUUAAGUAUGUUGUAAAUCUGAUCGGAUAUUCGUGUUUAAACUAUUUUAUCAAAUUAAGAUCUUUCAAAUCACGAUUAUGAACCAAGCGCAACAUUUUAAUAUAUUUAUGAAGGAUUCUGAAUCUCGCAGUUCUAAGAAAGCUUUUAUGACGUACUAACUGUUAGCUCUAAUGUAUAUAUUACAAACGUUUUAACAAAUAUAUAUAUAUAUA